AUGUCUUCCUCCUCCGCUGCUUUGGGGAACCUGGAAGAGCUCGAGGGCGAGCUCAUCAAGCGCAACCGCGAAGUCGCCAAGCUCCGAGAUACGGUCGCCUCGAAAGAUUUGAAACUGAAAAACCUGGAAGACAAACUGGAUGCGCAGCUGGCAAAGAUAUCGGAGUUGGAAGGGGCGAUCACGAGGUUGAAGGUACGUACGUUGUACUGUAGGACGUCUUGUUGUACUCUUUUUGCCGCGUAAAUGUCGCGUCGCACAUCAUGUUCUUGUGUGUUACUAGUACCAGAUGUGUGUGAUGAGUUGUCAGCAUCUGCAUCACAAACACGUGUCAACAUUGUCAGGGCGAGAAGCAGGCUUUCGAGGAUGAAAUUGAGCGCACGAAGCUCGCCAACGCGGAGAGGGAUGACGAAAUUUCCCAUGCGAAAUCGCGGCAAAGCCAAUCGCUGCAGCAAGUCGACGUCUUGCAAGAGGAAAUCAAGCAGCUGGUGGAGGAACGGAAACAGAUGCAAAGCGAGAAAGAAACGCUGAAUACAAGGCUCACGGUGCACUUGACCGCACAGAAAGACGCAGAAGAGCAGUUGGAGAAAUUACGGGCGGAACACAGCGAAACCUCGACGGACUUGGCGGACACGGUGAACCAGCUGCGGAUGCGGGAGAUUGAGUUGGAGAAAGUGAAGAAAAGGCUGGACGAAUUGGACGACAACAGCGUUUAUGCAUUGCAAAAAAGUCUGGGUCUGGAAACUUGUGAUGCUGAAUGGUUACGAUUGACUGUGCUUUUAAGUGCAGCGCAGCAUGACAAAUUUUUCAAACGCUUUGUCAUGCGCAGAACGCAUUGGCAUUACAAACUGCGCUUUUGCAUGACGAAAGUGUGGCGCUUGAGUUGCUGCUUAUGCAAUACAAAUUUUUCAGACAUGCGACACACGCAUUACAGGUUCGAACUUUUCAGACCCAGACAUUUUUGCAAUGCAUAGCGUUGAGCUGAAACAAGUGAAGCAGGAGCGGGAGGAGCUGCGGAAAAAGGUGGGGUUCGAGAAGGACAAGCAGAAAGAACUCGAAGGGUCGUAUGAAAAGAACUUGAACGCAAUCAGGCUGGAAAACCAACAGCUCAGGGAAGAGAAAGAGAGUGUGGAUGCGAAACUUGGGGCGAAGGACCAGGAGGUGCUGGAAGCGGAGAGUAGAAGGCGGGAAGAGGUGGACCGGAGGGUAUUAGUUUCACAGUUCUAGAAGAUCCAUUUCCAUUCAAGAUAAAAUUUGAACCAGCUGUUCGUAGUACUCGUAGUUUUUUAUCCGCAUGACAUUUUUGCGAUUUGAUCUGCACAACCAGGAGCACCAUCGAUUUUCUGCUUGAAUCUUCGGAAAAACUGCAAGUGAAGAAGACAUCAAAUUUCAUCCUCACAAACAAAGGAAGCCCUCGAACGCGAUCACACUGUGGUUGCCGAAAAAGCCAAGUCUCUCGAGGACAAGCUGCAGACCGCCGAGAAAGAAGUUACUGCUUCGCAGCAGAAGCUCGCAUCUGCCGAGCAAGACGCGACACAGAAGAGACACGAGGCAGAGCAGGAGAUUGCGGAGCUGACGCAGAAGAAACAAGCGCUGGAGGGAAAAUUCACCGAAUUAAAUACCGAGUACCAGCACCUCAAAACUUCCGUGUCUCAAGAUCAAGAAGCGGCGGAGGAUCGAAUACAGGAGUUGAUGCGAAAGUCCGAUUUAUUAUCGCAGAAAUACGAAGAGGCAAAGGAGAAAGCGGAACUUUCUUCCAGGAAGUUGACCGACGCGGAGCUGCAGGUAGUGGAGUUCAAGACGCAGAAACAAGAAAUGGAAAACGCUUCCGCAGCGAGAACGGCGACAUUGGAAGUUUUAGAGCAGUGUGCAUUGCAAAUAUGUCUGGGUCUGGAAGGUUGCAACUUGUGAUGCGCAUUUCAGAUCACACAAAAAUCUGUCUUGCACAAAGAGCAAAAGUUGUGUAUGUUUGGGCAUGGUGAGAGCGGAUUUCUCAUGCAGAGUAGGCAUCGUGAAGCUCUCGAAGAACCUGUGAUGCUGGUCCUGCAUGCCAGACACUCUGGGUCAUGCAAAACCUGCAUCACAAACAUCUGCAUUCAUCCAGUCCCAGACUUUUUUGCAGUUGAUAAGCAGGAGUUAGAAGAAGUGAAGAAGGAGAAGGACGAAGUUAUCCACAAUAAAUUCCUGUACGUGUUGUAUAAGAACAAGUGGUGCGGUUUCUGCAUGACAAAAUCAACCGUGAAGCGUAUUCAGCAUGACAAGCAGCAUGCUCUAGCUCUAAAUAUUGAGUUGGCAAGAAAACUAAAACUUGUCAUGCGUUUUGCACUUGCACAACGGACGGAAAUCUGUAUUGCAUAAAAGUGGAGCAGAAGUUAUCCGAUUUAAAAGCAGAACAUAACCACCAGAAAACCGAGCUGGCUGCCGUGCAGUCUUCUUUGGCGAGAGAAUCGGAAGAGCGAGAGGCUCUAGCGGAAAAGCUCGCAGAAGAAAAAAAAUCCGCAAAACAGCAGUCCGAGACACUUUUGCAACGAAUCGCGGAAUUCGAAAGUGCGAAGGAAAAAGAUGCUGCGAAAAUCACGGAAUGUGAAAGAAAAAUCGCUACUUUGGAUACUGAGAAGGAGAAAAGAAUAGAAGAGAGUAGGAAUUUAACAGCCGAAGCUGCAGAGUUCAAAAAAAGAGUCGAAUCGCUCGAAGCUGAAAUCGAGGAAAAAAGAGAAGAGACUGCUGGUCUGCAAGCAAGGCUGGAAGGGAAGGAGAAAGAGCUGGGAGAAGCCAAAGCCACCUCGACCGAGGCCGAUACGGACCGUAUCGCGGAGCUGGAGCGGCAGGUAGACCUGCUGAAGGAGAAGCACGAAUUGGUGAAGGAGAAUCUGGAAGCUUCUGAAGCGCAGUUGGCAAGAGAAGUGCAGGCGAAAUUAGAAUUGGAAACCGCGAGGGCGGAGGAUACGAACACGAUUUCCGAUUUUGCUGCCAGGUUCUCCGACUUGACGGCUGAGAAGGAUAAGAAAGACAAGGAGAACCAAAAAUUAACAGCUGAAAUCGCGGAACUAUCAACGAAACUAGCAGAGUUAGAAGAGAAAAUAGUUCACUCACAGGAAGAAACCACCGCACUCCGCAUUGUCGAGUUGGAGGUGAAGGAAAGGGAAAUCGCAGAAGCAAAGUUGUUAUCAACCGAGUCCGAUCGGAACCGAAUUGAAGAGUUAGAGAAGCAGGUGGAUUUGAUGAGAAAAAAACACGAGCAGGUAAAGGAAAAUCUGGAGGACAGCGAGGCGCAGUUGGCCCGGGAAAUACAACUGAAGCAGGAGUUAGAGAAUCAGUUGAAGUUCCUAAGCGAAGAUAGGGAGGUGGAAAGGAACCAGCUGAGUUCUUCGCUGCAACAAACGGAAGAGAAGCUGCAACUAGCGCUGACAAAUCAAGAAUCCGCAGCAACGUCGACCGCGGAACAGAUUUCGGAUUUGAAGAAAGAAAUCGCGAGCCGGGAGGGAAAAAUCAGUGAGUUGGAAGAGGUUAAGAGAACCGAAGUAGAGAAGCUGGAGGGGAAAUUGCAGAAAUUACAGUCCUCUACGGAUGAGGAUUUGACAAAUCUGCAACGAAAAGUUGCAGGCUUGAAAGAGGAAAAUGCCGUGUUGGAAAAUGAAAAGAACAACUCCGAGAUAAAGCUCGCAGACGUGACGAAAGCCCUCGAAGCUGCGGAAUCGGUGAUGGCGGUGGAUAAAGAGCGUUUGGAAAAGGAAAUUGCGGCGAAGGUCAGGGAGAUAGAAAACGCAAAAACCGAACUAGCCACUAGAACUGCGGAUAAAGAUUUUCUCGCUGAAAAAAUCUCGGAAUUGCAAGCGGUGGUUGAAACGGGACAGAAAGAUUAUCAGGUGGUGGAACGUGAAAUCAAAGCGGAGAGAGAAGCGAAUGCAAAAGCGAAGGAAGACCACGCAGACGCGAUUUUCCAGCUAGGCGAAGAACACAGCAGAACGGUGGAGACGUUGUCUUCCGACAAGAAACAAAUUUUCUCGGAGCUGGAUUCUUUGAAACGGGACUUAGCGACCGAAAAAUCCACAGCCGAGGAACUUGAAAGGGAGAAAGAAAAUCUCAAACUACAAGCCACAAAUUUGCAAGACAGUCUCACCGCUCGGGAAGCGCAGAUAGAACAGAUCGGCUUGGAACAUGAGAACUUCGUGGCACAGUUGAAAUCCAGAAUAGAACAGAUGGCGGAGGGGCAUGAGCUGGAGUUAAAGACCAAGGCCGACAAUGUGGAAGAGCAAGAAAGAGUCCACGAGGAGGCAAUGGAAAAGCAGUCUCUCACCCUGAAAGAGGAAAGGGAGAAGGGAAAGAAGCUUUCAGAAGUUUUGUCGGAAAGAGAAACCGCGUUGACAAAACUCAACAACCAACUCACCACCGCGUCGACCGAGAUUGCGAACCUGGAGGCCGAGGUUUUGCAACUGCGAAGUGAUUCUGCUGCGACUGUGAGAGAACUGGAGUUGGAAAGGGAAAGGCUCGUAAAUAGAGUUCAGGAGUUAGAAAACAUCGAGAAACUGCUUUCUGAAACGGUUUCUGUCCGUGAGAACCAGCUCCAGGACCAGCAGAAUACUCUCGAGGAAAAAACCCAACUGAAAGACCAGCAAAUCGCCAACCUCUCCAACCAGUUGCAGCAACAGAAAGUGCAGGCUUCGGAUUUUUCAACCACGAAGGAAGAGGAGGUAUUGCAGUUGCAGAACCAGUUGCAGGAAUUGAGAAUAUCCUGUGCAAAAGUAUCGUACUCGUAUAAAUGCAAGUCAUGCAUUACAAAUCUUGUUCCCAAGGCAAAUCUGCAUUACAAAUUUUAUUUCUCAUGCUGAGGAAAUUUGUCAUGCAUUUAUACGAGUGCGAUACUUUUGCAGUCCAUAGAGAACUGAGAACAGCAAAACGGUACUGCAAGCGAAGGAACAGCAGCAGCAACUGCAAAUCAACAUCUCGCAAUUAGAACAGCAGAUGUUGCAACUGCGGGCGGAAAAAAACGAAGUCGUGGAAGAGAUUCAGGACCGGAAUCUGAAAAACGUCGCAGAUCUGAAAAACAACCAGGACCGGGAGAUCAGGGAUUUUGAACUCAAGAUCAAGGAUUUGCGGAACCAAAUCGAGACGACAGAGACCAUAAAUGAAAAGCUGGAGGAAGAAUUGAAAAGCAAGACCGCAGAACUGCAGCAAGAAAAACUAAAUUUACAGAAGCUGCAACAAGAGCUAACCGCCAACAUUGAGCACGUGCAGAGUGUGCAGAGAAUGGAAGCGUCUUCUUUGCAGAAGGAUUUAGAGAAAGAAAGAGAAGAAAAAAACAAAGCCAUCGAGAGCGCAGAGGCACAUUUCAACCACUACAAGUCGGAGCAGGAGCAGCGGUAUCAGGGCUUGAGCGUCGAAUUCGAGAUGUAUGUGCAGCAAAAGGCGGUUUUGGAAAAAGAGUUGAAAGACUUGCGGCAGACAACGAACGGUGAAAAGCAGGAUUUGGUCAACGAGUUGGAGGAUCUGAAGAACGAAAAACUGCAAACCGGCCAAGCCCAUCGGGACUUCGAGAGCCGAAUGAAUGAGGCGAAGCAGUACUUGUCGAACGAAGUGUUGAUGAACAAGGAAAGGAUAAAGUCGCUGGAAAAGGAGUUGCAGACGAAAUUUGCCCUCGUCGAGGAACAGCAAGCGACCAUUAGUGCACACCGGGAGAAGCAAGAAGAAUUGGAGCGCCAGAAGAACUAUGAAUUGCAAACGUAUAGUACUCCUACUCGUAUAAAUGCAUUACAAAUUUCCUCAGCAUGAGAAGUAAAAUUUGCAAUGCUGCUUUACCUUAAGAAAAAGAUUUGUAAUGCAUGACUGCAAUACGACUGUCUGCCGUGCGAUACUUUUGCACAGGAUAAGACCAACCUGCAGUUUGAAUUAAACCGGGUGAAGCAGGGGGAACUCGCGAAAGACAAGCAGUUGCUGAAAGAAACCACAACCGCUUCCAACCUGCAGCUCUCCGCCUUUGCAAAAACAGAAGCGGUGGAAGAGGAAUUGAGGUUGUCGAAGGAGCACGCAAAGGGGCUGGCAGAAGAGAACAUGAAUUUCGAAAGGAAGGUAAAGGAUCUACUGGAGGAGAAGAGCAAGGUGUUGGAAGAUCUAGGGAAGUUGAGGAUGGAAAACGAAACUUUGCGGGGAAAUUUCGCGGCGGGAAUAGUACGGGGAGAUGGGUUGAAUACGCCGAGGUAGGAAUUUAAUAUUAAUUGUUGAUGCGGUCGCGCCUGUAGUCACCAGGCUUGUUUUUGAAUUUGUGUUGCAAGGACCCGCAAGAGAAUCAUCAAAAGCUUGAGUUUCCAAUUUUCGCGGUUCUGACCCUAGAUCUCCUGCGUCCGAAGCUGCUUGCGGCGACGGUGCAAAGGUUUUUGAUGAGGUGCAGUCGGGUAUGCGUGACAAAUAAAAACAACAAACAGCGACGACCUGGACCGCAGCAAGUCUGUUGACGUGAAAUCCAUGGACGACGCCAUGGAAGUGAUCCGGGACCAGAGUGCGCAAAUUGGCAACUUGAAGCACGGAAGGUCGCUGCUCAUUGAGCAACUGGAGAAGGCUUUGUCGGCCAAGAAAGAGCAAUAUGAAAUGCAAUAGUAUCGUACUCGUAUAAAUGCAUUACAAAUUCCCUCAGCGUGAGAAAUAAAAUUUGUAAUGCGGAUUUACCUUAAGAAAAGAAUUUGUAAUGCAAGACUUGCAUUUAUACGAGUGCGAUACUUUUGCACAGGAUAAGCAGGAUUUGAAGGAGGCGCUGAAACGAAAAGGGAAAGACAUGGCCCCGGAGGAAAUACGGAAAUCUGCUUUGCAUUUAUGCAUCGCAAAAGUAUCGUACAAAGUAGUAACUGCAUCACAAAUGUUUGUUUCAGAAGAAAAAUGGAAAUUUGUAAUGCUGAAAGAGAGUGGUAAUAAGCGAGAUCUGUCAUGCACGACUGCGAUUCCUACAAGUGCGCUGGUUCUUUUGCGUCGCAUAGGAUUUCACGCGGAACGAAAUCGCGAUGAUUCACAGCAAAGCGGGGAAUAGCAUCGUGGCGCGAAGCAGCGAGCAGAAUUCCUUGGUGGAGCGAGGAUCUAUCGGUGCAGCAGCAGGAGCUUCCGGUGGCAUCAACUCUACCAGCGACAGUUCUACUACUUUUGGGACGAUGAGUCCGUUGAGGAAUAGAAACCCGCCACCCUUGGUGGGCGGAUCCGCCCUGAUGUCGCCCAGUGUAGUGCGAGGUGGACCAACAAGCACUAUGAUCACGAGCGCAGCAGGUGGAUACACCAAUGUCUCUGCCAAUGCCACAACCGGGAGUGGUGUGACGAGUCAACAUCUCGAGCAAACCAUGAACAUGACUUCUUCCUCGAGCAGCAGUGCGGGUAACAACCGGAUGUCCCUGAAGCAGCUGCACCAAACCACAACUAGUGGAGUAGUUGCAGCGAACCAUCCAGAAGCGGCUCCUGGGAGGAUUGUGAACCUGCACAAUACCAUGCCGUCAGGUACUUCCUCCGCAUCCGCUUACCCCGCUUCUAUCGACCCCCGCUCGCCCUCCAUGGCUGCUGAUUUGCACAAAAUCAUCAAAGCACAGCUACCGCCGGACCUUGUAGCCGCGCAUCGAGAGAAUAUUAGCUAUCAGCAGCAGUACUUGCCGCCAAGGAAUUCCAGUGGCUCCACGGCACAGCACCGAUACUUCCGGCCGGAGGCAAGAAUGACAGACGUGUCGUAUGCCUCGUCAGGUGGUGGUGGAGGUCCUAGUACAGGAGGAGGUGGGUUCAUUCCACCACCAGUAGGCCACUCGCAGCACCACCCGCAGCAGCAGCAGUACCUCCCUAGUGCAGACUACCACAACAAAUACAAUGUGGAGCAACAUCAGCAGGACAAAUACGGGGAGGCUAUAACCUCUUCCAAAGGUGGCGGACCCGAACAUCGCGACCGGUCGCAGUCCAAAAGUCGCCGCGGGAGUUUGUCCGUAGGCGGUACCGGGGAAACGGGCGUGGACUACCAAGGCGACCGCAAGGCGUCGAGGGAGUGAAAAAUUAACAUUUCCGCUUUGACAUCACCAUCCAGGGAUGUCUUCAGUAUUUACUAUUUGUCAAAAUGAUGAUCAAGAAAACUUUUUAGUUUCAAAACGCAACAUUUUCGAAAGUACUUUCUCACGAUCAACAAGGUGAGUGAGUUUUGCUCUCAAUCGAAAGACAACUUUUUAGUUUCAAAACGCAACAAAGUAACUAUCAGAUCGAAAAUGAAGAAGGUAGACAACUUUUUAGUUUCAAAACGAAAACGCCAGAUGAUUUUUGCCUUGUCGCGAAAAUCUCUUUCAUUGCGGGAAAUUAGUUCGUCGAGACACUGUAUUGAAAGUUUGAUAUUUUUCAGACAGAGUUCGGCUUCUGCUGUACGAUUUGAAAAGUACGUAUUUGAUGUGCAUUUGGUUCCUCAUUCUCGUUUGGACAGUUCAUAGACGGAAGUAGAGCUGCUCUACUAGUUCAGCAAGAAUGUAGCACAACUGCACUCGUCUUAUGAAAUCCCAGCUUGAGGACAAGUGUUCCUGUACCUGCUGUGUAACCAGUUUUG